UGAUCAUACUAUUUCUAUCCCCAGAUAAACACAGCACACUAGCAGUCAUUAAACUACUGUUGUAGUCAUUGAAAUAUACCGUGAGAUUAGUCCUUGGUGAGCAUUGUCACUGAUUUAUUUCAUUAGCUGUCAACAAUACAAAAAAAAAGACUAUGAGAGAGAAAAAAGAGAGAGACAGAAUGAAUGAACAAACGAAUAAAUUAAUUUAUUAAUUAAUACUAUUUCGAAAGUGGGAACAUUAGAGAGAGAGUGGGUUAUUACUUCCCUUUAAAAGUUCAGAUUUCCAAAACACGUGACAAAGAAUGUUGCUGUUGUUGUUGCUGAUGUUACUGAGUGGGAGAAGUGUUUCCGUUUGAAAUGAUUUCGUACUGUUUGGCCAGGGGUCAUGAGGCAUCGAAAUCGAAUGCCUUUGAGGUUGUUUUUUCUUUAAAUGUCUAAUCAACCGUCACAAAUUCAUUAAACAUGAAUAAAAAAAAACAUUAGAUAUCUAGUUUAUUUUACAAUAACAAUCCAGUCAAGUCAUCGUCAACGACCAAGAUGGCGUCUUGUAUUGUCUUGGCUGUUACUUCCCGAUGAGCCAACACUGUGAAAACUAAAACCUUUCUUUCUCUCUUUUUCCUCGUUCUUUUUCUUUGCGUGUAGCCGGAAAAAAAUUCUACGUCCUUUAUGCCGUCAACCAUGUCCCUUAUAAGCCUCAAGCCCCCCUGUAAAGAGAUCCGAGAAAAGAAAGAUUUCGUCACUUGCGGUGCGAUCAUGUAAAGUUAAAAAGAAAGUCUGGACAAAGAGAGUUAUGUCCUGUAUUCAACCCACCAGUUGUGUGUUCAAGUAGCAACAGUUCAAGACACAUCCUCCAUGAUAUUCACGUGACUCACAAAAAAGUCGAAAUCUUCAUCUGGUGUUUCCUGACGAGCUGGAGUUUCGUCUACUGACGAUAACUCAUUCACUACGUCACACUGCGGCAGAGUUCUGAAGGAACGAUAAAAGUAUCGCCACUGGCUCCUAAGGUCGAGAGUUUGAAUGAGGAGAAAAGUUUGCCCUCAGUCUGUUUGUACUCUCUCUCCUUUGGUGUUCAUCUGUCAGUCCAGUACACGAAGAGGACCCUCCGGUGAUCCUCAGCCGUUGGUCAUGCGCACUGGCGAUGCUGGAGGGCAGGACUGCGAAGGUAAAGGAUGGAAGGAACGAAGGGGUGGACGAAUGAAGAAAAUGACGAGACUUUACACACAAAGACGGAGUAAAAGAAGCAGAAACCCACGCGGCUCGUGCUAGGUCUGUCGGUCACCCGUUGAUAGAGCAGCAACAGUAGCCCAAACAAUCUUCCACUGUCCUGUGUGGUCAUCACCACCUGCUGUGUCCACGAACAGCACCAGCACCACGGUCUCUCACCAUCUUGGCACGUCCUACACCACUCCCUGCCUGACUCAGAGGGUCUUUUUGUGGGGUUCGCCAGAAUGUCUCUCAGGGGCUGAAACUAACAGCCAGCGCCCACCCCACGUUUGGCGGGUACAGGGGUUAAAGGUGGGGUCAACAACAAGACCACUAAUAGUAAAAACAGGAUCUCGAGUAGCGACGUAAACACGUGAAGUAGAGCGUGAAGGACGUUACACGCCGUUGGAAUGGAGUGAAGGAACAAAUAUUUUUAUUGACAUGGACAGCGAGAAAGACCUUCUGUCUCUCGCCGACCCGAUAAAAGUAGCAUUAGAAAAAUAAUCGUCUGCUGUGCGCUGCCUCUUCUCCUGUGUGAGUGCCCUGCGCUAGGAGAAGACAUAAAUCAGAACAAUAACACAUAAUAUGAGAUUUGUUUCACCAUGCUGAAGUUACGGUGGAGAUGGAGGUGGAUCUUGUUACUCUUUCUCGUCCUGUUCAUAUUCCUGUCUGCCAUCAUCCACAGACCAGACGGAUUGAAAGAUACAGAAGGAAUCACACCCGCCCAUGACGGGCUGAGGAUUGUCCAGGCCGCCGCAGCCAUCUUGGAAAGGCGGCCUCUCCUCGUCACCAUCAUCAACGACGGCUUUGUCCCGAUGACCUACAACUGGCUCUGCCACACCGCCGGCAUCCCCAACCUCCAUGACGACAUCCUCCUGCUGGCCGAAGAUGACGUCACCCGCCAGCGCGUGCAGCGGGACUGGCCGAGGCUCCACAUCGUUUCGGUGGAGUCCGCGGGGGGAGAAGGCCCCCGGCUGAGCGGGGAGCUGAACUUCUACACGGUGGCAUACGUGCGCAUGAUGGCGCUGCGAACGCGUCUUCUGAACGAGCUUCUUCAGGCCGGCUAUGCCUUCGUGCUCUUCGAGACCGACUUUGUGUGGUUUGAGAAUCCCGUGCCAGACUUCCUGGACCUGGCGCGCACGAAGAACCUGGACCUAGUUGGGACCAAUUCCUCCGUGGACGACCAGAUCAUGUGCGGGGCCUUCAUCUACUUCCGGAAUACGUCCCGCACGCGCGCCGUGUGGGCGGAAGUGACGCGCUUGAUGGAGGAGUUGGUGGAGAAGAUGAAGGUUUUAGACCCUACGCAGAGCCCGCCGCGGAAGCAGAACGAGCAGCGGUAUCUCAACAGGCUGCUAGUGGAAAAGCAUAAAGGCAUCCGAUACGGUCUGGUGGACUUUGAGACUAGUGUGAUAGACGGAGUGUGGUACAAGUUCAAUAAAACUCGGCGUCAGACAUUGCACCCCAAGGCCAUCCACAACAACUUCCUGGAUACCACCAGGGAGAAGGUCAAGAGGUUCAAAGAUUUUGGACAGUGGGUUCUCAACGACGACAACACUUGCAAUAAGGACAAAGUCCAGAAACUACUGGAGGGCAAGUGACGGCGAUAAGUGCUCGUCAUGAUGAGACUGAGGAUCUCAGGACAGAAUAUCCCGGUUCUUUUUAAUGCUAUUUUAAAUUAUGUUUAAAACUGUUGAAUGUUUUAAGAGUAUGUUACUUGUAGAUGACUUUAGCUGGUCUACAUUUAUCUACGAUUCAGUCUGCAGUGUUGCUGGUUCAUGCAGGGGAGGAAACUAUUUGGAUUCUUCACUCAACGGAGUUGUUUCCCUUACUUAAGGCUUACGUCAGGAGACAUCAUCGCAAAAGAUAUCAGGGGAUACAACCGCUACUAAUUUUGUGCCAACGUAAGAAUGUAGUGAAAAAAUGAGAUGAUGAUGAUGAUUAUGAUGAUUCAGGGUUUAAAACCUUUAUAUACAAUUUUUAGAUGUCCGAAUUUUUUCACACAAUUUACACACACCAAACGCUAAACUUUGAUUGGCGAAGUGCUGAAAAUAGAAAGGUGUCGCUAAAAUAAAGUUUUCGUCUGAAA